AUGGAGGGAAAUCGUGUGAUUUGUCAAAGUGAAUCUGCAAAAGUGCAGAGUCCGAAUGUGGAGAAACAUUUUUUGUGGAAGGCCUGUAAGGAGAUUCUCCCCACCAAGGCCAACCUGAGAAAGAGGCAUGUUCUUCAUGACAAGUUGUGCCCGAUAUGUGGACUACACGCAAAAACUAGAUAUCACAUCCGAUGGGAUUGUCCCUCGGCACGGGCUGUAUGGGGAGCAAGCUUAAAAAAAUUUCAAAAACUGGAACUAGAUGCCCCAACCUUCAGGCAGGUGGCGGAACUGGUGGCCAAGAGGUCUGAUGGUGAGGAGUUUGAUUUCUUUGCUUGGAUUGCACGACGCAUUUGGUUGCGGCAAAAUGAGUUCAUGCAUGAUGGCAAAUUUACCCAACCAAGCGCCUUGGUACAGCAGGCUAUGAAGGCCCACACUAAAUAUAUUGCCGCUAACUCCCAAACCCAAUUUCAUAACCAAGAUGUAGCUGAGGUUACUAGCUGA